AUGGAAGAUCCGUAUGCUGCUUAUCGCUAUAGAGACCAUCUAACGCCGCCGCAGACGGCCUUCGUAGGCUGCGCUCAAGGAGCCACGCAGCAGCAGCAGCAGCAGCAGCUGCAGCAGCAGCAGUUUCUGCAGCAGCAACAGCAGCAGAUGUAUUUGCAGCAGCAGCAUCUACAGCAGCAGCACUUCCAGCAGCAACAGCAACAGCAGUACCUACAGCAGCAGCACUACCUACAGCAGCAACAGGAGCAGCAAUACCUGCGGCAGCAAUACCUACAGCAGCAGCAGCUGCAGCAGCAGCAGCAGCAGCAGCAGCAGCAGCAGCAGGGGUCGUGCUGCACAGCAGCAACUACCCAAGACAACCCUGAGUAUGAUGGAAGGGGUCUGGAUGCCGCAGUUGCUCUGCACUCUGCUGUGCACCGGCUGAGUGCUGCUGAGCUGCAGCAGGUGCUGCAGGCAGCAGCAGCAGGACGAGCAGCAGGUGGUGGUGGUUUGUCCCCUCCACCAUCAUCAUCAGCAGCAGCAGCAGCAGCAGCAGGAGCAGCAGCAGCAGCAACAGCAGCAGAUAUAUCGUCGCUUAGCCGCUCACUUAUUGCUUUACUAGAUACAGAGAUGGAGGCCCUAGACAAAGAAGAAGAACAACAAACAAAUUAUAUAAAUCCAGAUAUAAGUAUACACAAACAAAAACUAAAAAAUAAACUUGCUGCUCUCAAAUCACUUGCUGCUGCUGCUGCUGCUGCACCAACAACAGCAGCACCAACAGCAGCAGCAACAGCAGAAACAGCAUCACCACCACCACCAACAACAACAACAGCAGCAGCAGCAGCAGCAGCAGCUGGUGGUGGUGGUGGUUUCUCUUCUUUCUCUUUUGCUGCGGCCCCCGCAUCUGCUGCUGCUCGUUCUUUUUGUUAUGAUGGAGAGUUAUACCCCCUGAAGCAAUUUAUAAGAGAAGAAGAAAAAGAAAAAAAAAUAAAAAAAAAAACAAAAAACAGAGCUGUAUAUACACCUGAACAACAAACACAAAAACAAUGGAUUUGUCUACGAGAUCAAAUGAAAAGAGAAAUUUUAUUUUUUCCUUUUUUAUUAACACCAAAAGAAAUAGAAGCAGCAAAAGAGAAAGAACAGCAGCAACUCCUUUCUCCUGCUGCUGCUGCUGCUGCUGCUGCUGCUGAUGCUGAUGCUGAUGCUGACGCAGCAGCAGCAACAGCAACACCGCACACAGCAGCACCACCGCCAGCAGCAGUAGCUGCAGCAGCAGCAGCAGCAGCAGCAGGAGAUAUACUUCGGUUUGCUGCUGCAGCAGAAGAUGCUGCUGAGCCCCCUGCUGUGCUGCGGCAGCCGUAUGACGUCUCUCAGCUGGUUAAGGAUCUCCACACCACCUUCUAUCGGGCUCGCGCAGAAGCACAAACCAUGCAGCAGCAGCAGCAGCAGCAGCAGCAGCAGCAGCAGCAGCAGCAGAAGGAAGUGCAGCGGGAGGGAGCACAGGAGGAACAGAAACGGCAGCAGGAGAAAACAACGCCGAAGCAGCAGCAGCAGCAGCAGCAGCUAUCCCAGAACCAGCAACUGCAGCAGCAGGAGAAGCAGCAGCAGCAGCAGGAGCAGCAGGAGCAGCAGCAGGAGGAUGCGGCGUCUGUAUCUCUGUCUUUGUUUGACUUGCUUUCCCCUUCUUCUUUUUCUUUGUUUGGUGCUGCUUACUCCGUGAGGGGAGAAAUAACAAACACAAAUGAAACAAAUGCAGAAGAAAGCAGAGCCAUCGUUUUACUCACCCGCACAAAGUCUCCUCGAGACGCCCGCGUGCGGUACUUGGCGGAUCGAUUGGCGCUCAGUUGUGGCUGCAUCGUCUUGGUGCCGGAGCUGAGCAAAGAGCUGCCUAUACACCCCAAACACCACCCUGCUGCUGCUGCUGCUGCUGCUGCUCCUGCUGGAGGUGUUGUAGCUUCUGAUACUGCUGCUGCUGCAGCAGCAGCAGCAGCACCUGCAGCAACACGUACAGCAGCAGCAGCAGCACCAGCAUCCGCGCUCAGUUGUGGCUGCAUCGUCUUGGUGCCGGAGCUGAGCAAAGAGCUGCCUAUACACCCCAAACAACACUCUGCUGCUGCUGCUGCUGCUGCUGCUGCAGCUCCUGCUGGAGGUGCUGUUGCUUCUGAUACUGCUGCUGCUGCAGCAGCAGCACCAGCAACAACUGCAACAGCAGCAGCACCUGCAGCAGCAGCAGCAGCAGCAGCAGCAGGUAUGUCUGUGGAUCCGUUGCUGCUUCGUUGCGCCUUAUGGCUGUCCCUAAAGGAGAGGGUCACCGCUCUGGGGGUUGUGGGGAUUGAUGAGGGGGCAGCAGAGGCCCUACACUUUGCUGCUGCUGCUGCUGCUGCUGCUUCUUCUGCUGCUGCUGCUGAUCAGCGGUUGCAGAGGGAUUCAGUGCAGCAGCAGCAGCAGCAGCAGCAGCAAACAGCAGCAGGGUUUCCGUUCUCCCCCCGUCUUUCAGGUGUACGUACACCUCAGUUCUCUCCUUCUCUGCCUUUCUCUCUGCUGCCUCGUGUUGACGUUCUUGCUGCUCUCUUUCCUCCUCCCCUCGACCUACAAACCCUAGCAGCAACCCUCACAGCCCCAACCCUCGUCUUCUUUGACGCAAAUACAAACCACAACACACCAAACCCUCAGCAAACCCACAAGGGGCCCCCUGGGGGGCCCCCGCAGGGGGGCCCUCAGGGGGCCCCACAGGGGCCCCCAAACAGCUCGUCUCCGAGGGGCCCCCCUGAGGGGGCCCCCCCUACAGGGCGCCGUGAGGGGCCCCUUGGGGGGCCCCCGGGGGGGCCCCCCAGGGGGCCCCCCGCUGGGGGCCCCCCUGUGUGUGAAGAUGCGGUGGCGUUUGAUUUGGCUUUGCGUCGUGUUGGGCUGAUGAAGGACCAAUGGGUGUAUACAGCUGAGAGGCCCCCUUUAUGUUCUCUGGGGUUUGCUGAUGAGAUGCUUACAUCGCAGCAGCUGCUGAUGGUAUCCUGCUGGAUAGAUUUGUGGUUGGGGCGGCAGAUACCCGAUCGGCUGCACGCAGAAGCAGAUGUCAGUGGAUUUGCUCUGCGAUUCAAAGACUUCAAGCGUCAGUGA